CGGUGAGAAACUGCGACAGAGUCUUGUGGCAUGAAGUCUGUGGCUUUUUACCUGGCUCAAAAAGCAUAUUUGAGCAGAAUUUACUCAAACGAAGUAACUGACAUCCACUUCUGAGAGGAAUGCUAGGAUUAUCUGUUGCGAAGUGGAUUACUUCAGGCUUCGAAAUAUACUCUUCGUUCUCUCAAGCUGGAUGCUGGCCCGUUACCUGUUUGUGGAGCCAACUGUUUAUAAAAUGACAAUCCUGCUCAAAGAUUGAUGUUGAACGUGAGUUUGACUGGGUGCCAAUCUACACUGCUCCAGCAAGUAGACUGCAGAGUAGCAAACUCAACCCUCCCUUUUUAGAGAAAUUAGCUGGAAAAUGUUGGGUGAACUUUGGAAUAAAGUACUAGGAAAUAGUGGGUGCUGACAUUAAGUCUGAGACUCGAUCCUGCACUAGGGACAUUGCUGAGAAAUUCCUCCAGAUAGCGGCAGCUGUUAAAUGGGAGCCUAUCCAAACUCAUGUCAUCAAGAAGUCAGAAAGCGCCUUAACUUUUCACAACUACACCGUUAAGACUUCGGGACAUCAGUGCUGGCUGCAAUAUCCGGUUGUAAUCCUGUCCUUGGGUUACUUUCACCAGCUAAUGUAAACUACCGGAGUAGGCAGGCCAAUGUCAUGCUCUUUGUAGACAUGGUAUUGUCUACAAUGUUCUUCAAUGGAGGACACUCUUAAUUUAGCUCUCAAUGCCUCUCAGAUUACACAUGAUUUACCCAGCAGGGUAUGGAGUAUCUAAUUUUCCUUGGGCUGCUGGGAGUUAGGAAGUCAUCCUUGGCAUCAGCAUUGCUUUAGUGACACACCAAAUAUGGUCCUGACUGGUGAUUUACCCAAAUCGUUGGAAACACUAAAGGAUGAACAUUUAGGUUGUGGUGUGACUGAUACAAGAAGCACUAAAGCUAAAACAUCACAGGAGACACAGUUUCCCCAUGUGAGGAGGUCUCUUCAGCAAGUGUUUGAGUGUGCCUACGCCCAGCUAGUCCUCCCCUGGUACUGCGUCCCUGAGCCCUGUGACAGUCAGCUCCUGCACGAGGUGCUGUGGAGGGAGUUUGACCAAGUCAUUGAUCAAGUCAUCAGCAGAGGCAAAGACUUUGAUGUCUGCGCAGCAAGUGUGGGCUGCAUUCGCAUCCUGACCCAGCACCUCCAUAGUGCCAAACAGUCUGAUAGAGAACCAUUGUUCAGCUCUAGGGGAGAGGAGGUUGAAGUUCUAAGAGUGUUCUCUGAAGCACUGGUGCGAAACCUUUUCCCUCAGUCUCUAUGGGGACUGGCAGUCAGCCACUGUGCCUUAAAUGAGAUUGUUGCCUUAAAAGUGCUGGACCUGCUGGUGCGGUGGCUAUCAGACCCUGACAACCUCAACCAGCUGGUGGUGAGUCAGCUGGUUGGAGUGACCCCCAAGAGCUCUGUGGAAGAUCUGUGUGAGUCUAACUCCGACAGGGCCUCUCCAGCUACCCUGGAGAGCCAGGCUAGUGAAGCAACACUGGAAGAAACCGAGAAUGCUCAAACCGGUGACGGCAAGUCCAAAAAGAAAGCCAACAAAUUGAAGGAAGGCUGGUCUAAAAUCCUUGACAAGAUGAAAUCGAAGAAAGAUAAAAGGAAGAAGAUGAAGAAAAAGGAGCAGGUGCUGGUGGUCAGAGCCAAGUCUAUCCAGGAUUGUCCAUCAAAGGAAAGUGAAGGUAGUAGCCGGGAGUGCUCCAUCCAGAGCCAGCAGGACCCCGACAGCGUAAGGACACUGCACCAGAUAGAGCAGGAGGAUGGUGAUCUGGAGAGCUACUUGACCAGCGUGCAAGAAGAAAUGAUGGAAUUCAAGCUGUCAUAUGAGAUGUGGCGGGUUGGCCACUGGGCUGUCAGCGUCCCUCAUAUGGAGAGGGAAAACGAGGGGCUGUGUUUUACAGUUCACCUAGAGGAGAGGGACAACCCUGAGAACCUUCACUGGGACGUAAGGAAGACCCAGACGGACAUCAUCCAUUUCUGCAACCUAUGGCAGGACUCUGCUAAUUUACCCUCCCUAUCCGUGUUAGAGGCAAGCACUGAGGGUAACAGCGAGGAUUUUAGAGAAGCCAGAACGUCCCUCAAGCUCUUCUUACAGGAGCUGGUGUCUGAUGCUCUGAUGGGCCACACUCAGCCAGUGUUUCAGUUUCUGUGUCCUCUGGACAAGCUGCUGAGUGAAGAGGAGCAUGUGGGAGGAGUGUGGGGUCUCCUCAGUGGCCUGGCCUACUUCCUGACCCCAGGGCAAGAGGAAGAUGAGGACAAGCACAACACUCUUCAAAGAGGGACCAAAUCAGAUGAUUCCAACACAACUGAGAAUGCAGACCCAACUGCAACUGAGAAGCUGGAUGAAAACAUUGGCGAAACAAGGGAUAUUUCUCCUUCAGAACCAAAUUCCAUUGAGUGCUGCAGAGGUAAAGCAAUGGUACCAGUAGAGAAAUCAGACUGUUUGGUUAAUGCAGGCAAAACAGAGGACAAAAUAGAGGAAUCGGAGAACCCUGUAACUUCUCACCUAAAGAUGAUCAACAAAGAGCUAUCCAGAUCAGAGGAGUGUCUGGCCCAAACAAAAUCAGACAACCCUGAAGACCAGACCAACUCUGUCUGUAGGCCGCGACAUUUCAGUCAAAAUGGAGGCUCGCAAUAUGACCUCGCUGACAGUCCGUCAUGGUGUUAUUUAGUUGGAAAGUCAAAUAAAAAGGAGAAACUCACUUUCAAAAUGUCAGGAGGGAUCCACAGGAGUAAAGGAAAGGACAUGGGGAGUCAGUCAAAAUUAGAAGACUCGCAGUGUUUGAAAAAGAACCAAUCCAGCUGGGAGCAAAUGGAAGCAACCAAAGCCAUUUUUGAUUUGUUGAAAGCAAUAUCUGGUAAUUCCAUCCUCCUGAACAUAUUUGAUGCGAUUCUGAAACCCGUCAUGCCGAUAUUGAAAAAGAAAGUGAACAGCUUCUUAAAUAAGAUGAACCCAACGGAUGCCCAGAUGGCCUCCUAUAUCGACAACCUAUGUGAGAAACAGUGGCCUGAGGGCUCGCCAGAGAUGACCAGCCCUAAACCCCACCGCAACAGUGAGGAGAAGAACGAGACCAAAGACCGAGCUCAGCACCUCAUCAAUGCCAGAUAUUCAAACUAUUUGAUCUUGAAGAAGACCGAUAUGGAGACAGUGUUUAAGCUCUUCCAGGACUGUGAAGAAAACAAGAAGCUGGUCUAUAUGCUGCUUUCAUUCCUUUUGAGAGAGCUUCUGCCGGGCGAGGAUGCCCUUAAUGUGAGUGCCAUAACCCUGCAGAAAGUGAACGCCAACUAACUCAUUUUAAGAUGUUCACAGGUCAUGCUUUUAAAUGAACUGUAGUUCUGAUGUUUUAGAAAAUUAAACAAUUUAUUUGAUUGGUUGUCAUGCCUUAACAGUCCCAUUUUAAGUCUACACUUGGUUGGAGUAUUAUAAUAAAGAAAUCUUAUGAUACAUUUCCAGAAAAGUAUAUUUUACCUCAUACAUUAAACAUGCUGUGAAUCAUGCCUAUUAUUUUAAAUGUAUCAUAUGUUGACUAUGAAAUAAGUUGACGUGUUAUGUAUUUGGCAAUAUCAGCACAAUAAUGUGAGGUUAUUCAAGUUAAAAUAUCCUCUACCAGUGUAGAAAAUAGAAACAUUUGCUAUCAAGAUGUUAACGAUGUACUCCAUUGUCAAUCUCAGAGGGGGCAUAAAUGUACUUUGAUUUCACUGGUAGGGACACAUGGAGCACUUUGAAUAAAAUGUUGAAGUUUUGACCUAAAGGUUUUUGAGCACUUUGAGCACUUUGAGCACUUUCAUAGUUGAUGGGGAGAUGUGUUAAAUAAGAAGCAUUUGAGGAAAGUUGUUCAUAUUUUGUUAUUGGGUUUUGAGAAUUUCCAGUAAUUACAC